AUGUUGAGUAAUGAUGAAGCCGCCAUUAAAACCGGGGUUGUAGCUUUAGCAUGGAAAAGAUUGGGGCAACUUUAUCAAAAAACAUUAGAUGACUGCACUCCUCACGUUGCUGGGAGAUGGAUUUUUGCAGGUCUUCUAGUCUUAAGUUUUUUAUGUAGGGUCUUCAUUGCUCAGGGUUGGUACAUAGUUACAUAUGCUCUUGGCAUUUAUCAUUUAAACCUUUUUAUAGCAUUUUUAACACCAAAGAUGGAUCCUUCAAUUUCAGAUUUUGAUGAUGAUGGAGGUCCUGAAUUGCCAACUAGAGCAAAUGAAGAAUUCCGCCCCUUUGUUAGAAGACUUCCAGAAUUUAAAUUUUGGUAUUCAUUUACAAAAUCUACCUUGGUUGCUCUUAUUUGCUCCAUGUUUGACUGUUUUAAUAUACCAGUGUUUUGGCCUAUACUUGUUAUGUACUUUAUAACAUUGUUUGUAAUUACAAUGAGAAAGCAAAUAAGACAUAUGAUAAAAUAUAGAUAUCUACCAUUCACUCAUGGAAAGCCUAAAUAUCAGGGGCUACCUGAUUCUGGAAAGGUGAUUAACUCAAAGUGA